CACAAGGCAAGACUUCAUUCCAGACAUUGAGUGGGUUUUUUUUUAUUUUCGACUUUUCUUGUUUGUUUUUGUCUCGAUCCAGCGGGUGAAACUCCGAGGUAAACAAGAGAGGAGAUCGAGAGCAGAAAAAAUGGGACGAAAGAAAAUACAAAUUUCUCGUAUUCUGGACCAGAGGAAUAGACAGGUGACUUUCACCAAGCGUAAGUUCGGUCUGAUGAAGAAGGCGUAUGAGCUGAGCGUGCUGUGCGACUGUGAGAUCGCCCUGAUCAUCUUCAACAGCACCAACCGUCUGUUCCAGUACGCCAGCACAGACAUGGACAAAGUGCUGCUCAAGUACACGGAGUACAGCGAGCCACACGAGAGUCGCACCAACACGGACAUACUGGAGACUCUGCGCAGGAAAGGCCUCGGUCUAGAAGGCACAGAGCUCGAGACUGAGGAGAGCAUGCAGGUGGCUGCAGACAAAUAUCCUCUCAGCGAGGGCAUGGAUCUCUCUGUGGCUCGCCAACGCUUCUAUGCUCCGUCGCUCCUCUCAACAGAUGCUCAGUUUCUGGUGUCUGCAGGCUGUGAGAACGGCUUCCCUAACUCCUCCGGAGCCAGCAUGGCGUCCCACAGACCUCCGGGCUUUAAAUCUCUCAACUCCAGACCCGGUGCUGCCAGCCCUGCUGUACCACACGCACACACUGCAUUCAUGUCUCCACACUCAGGUAUCGGCUACUCCGUGUUCUCCCACGGCAACCUGAAUCGAGCUCUGGACAUGAAAAGCCCUCCUCCUCUGAACUUGGGCAGUGAGAACCUGCGGGGAGAUGGUGCUAAUCAGGGCAUGGGGGCCACACGUGCUAACAACAACUCUGCUAGGGGUGUCUUGUACCAGGGCCUGCACAGCGGCAGCUCCAUGGUAGCCAUGGGCAAGGCAGGGCUGCUGGGUCACAGUUUGGGAGGCUACAGCCUCCCUUCUCCUGGAGUCUCUGAGUACAGCCAACCUGGAUUUUAUCACUCUGUUAGCCUACAACGAGGAUCUGUGAACCCCUGGCAACCAGCACAGCCGCCUCAGGAGCCCCAUGGGCCUCAUAUAAACCCAGGGAUGUCCAGUGGAGGGUGCUCCUUCCCCUCCCAGUCUUGCUCCUCAACCUCUCCACAUCAGCCCUCCCUCAACCUCAGCAUCAAAUUGGAGCGUAGCUCUCCUGAGCACAUGUCCUCACCCACCUCCCCUCCUCUACACCACCUUAGGCAGCACUCUCCAAUGAGCAACCCGGAUUCGGCUUGCCAAACCCCUCCAGAAGCCCGUCCGGCCAAUGAAACAAAGGAGUUCACCAAAGUCGGCUACCCACAAGACGAAGAGGAAGGAGGGCAGCCGCUAAGGCAGCUAGAAAUAAGUGAUGGGUGGCAGAGAUAGCUGGCUGCUGCAGUCUAAUACCACCAUUCUAUCUUUCUUUCAAAACCAGUCCUCUCUUACACACACACACACACACACACACACACACACACACACACACACACACACACACACACACACACACACACACACACACACACACACACACGGAAGGUAGCGAGAUGGGGUUGAUUUGUCCCCAUCAUCCCAGAGAGGAAUGCCUCUCUUUGUCUCCUCACACAGAGCUGGUCUCUCCGGGGCGAUGGAGAAAUGUUUUUCUGCAUCACUUGAUUGAUCCCACGAGGAGACCGAUGCAUACAGACAUUUGCUUUUUUGUUUGGUUAGGUUUAGUUUUCUGUGUGGAGCUAAUGUGAAUCAAAAAUACAGUUUGAAAUGUGUUUUGUUUUGUUUUCUGUGACUUUGUUGAAGUUAGCUACAGCAGCACAUCGGGACCAGCUGAAUUUCUCCAAAGCUGCAAAACCGGCUGAGGUUUUGGUGUGAAAAUUGGAAAAAAAGAUGUAAAAUUACGCUUCGCUGUCAACGUACAUACACACACGUUACAGUGAAAAGCACUAGCCAUUAAAUCUUUACACCCUAUGCCCCUCUUGUUAUAUAAGCUUUCAUGUUUUUGCCUUUAGCCCAAAACCACUGACAUGGUCUCCCCAUACAAAACCGUUACUGGAGCCUUGGACUUUUUAACAUUUUAAACUGCAAUUCUACAUUUUAAAGGAUAAAUUCCCAUUUUUUCAAGAUUUUCUAAAACAAUUCUUACAUACCCAUAUGCACACUAACAUAGUUUUUGUUGACUGAAAUUGAUACCCCUUCAUAAUGAUAUUCUAAUAUUACAAAUGGGGGACAAAAUCCACAGUUUUUAAUUCUGCAGUCUAAAAUUUGACUGAAACUUCAGAAGUCUUUGAAAUGUAGUUUUCUUUUAGUACAGAAUUCUUUCUUUGUGUUUGCCUGCACAGUACUUCAUUGUAUUAGUGGAGGGAUAAUCAGGUUGCAUUUAUUAGUAGAGCACAAUAUCAUAUGGAAGUAAGUCAAAGGGCUUUAUAGGGCAACACAAAGACUAGACUUUUUACUAAGAAAUACUGUCAUUUCGUCAAUUUGAGAGAUUGCUGAAGCCUCGUAUCAUCUCCAGAUUAAUUUGCUUCUACAGAGGACUGUGAAUGUUGUCCCCAAUCUCUCACCGUCCAUCGGAAUCACUAAGUAAAUGUUCAUAUGGACAUGCAGGUACCGUUUUAAAAUAUGAACCCAUCCUUUAACAUUCUGGGUGUCGGUGUCUCUCAGGGACUUGGAUGAUGUUUUCCUUGGGAAGUUUAAAAAUGGCUUCUUUAAAUGUGUGUUUGUGAAACUGUAAAAAUGAAGCUUUAGUUGUAUUAUUCCUCGUAAUAAUGCUAGUUUCAUAUUUUUAAUUUACCCCAUCAAUAAAGUUAUGACAGUCUACUUCAACUAAAGACCAAAGUGGUUAAAUAGUGUCCCUAUGCAUUGCAAUCAAAUGCUGCAACAGCCAAAGACGUGUUUAUCUAUUUUGGCUCUAAUUUGCUUUUAAGUAAUAUAAAAAUGGUAUCAAUAUUUUUUUUCUGAAGGGCUUUAUUUAGUAAAUGCAUAUUGUAGAUAUUAUUGAGCUUUACUGCCAUCGCUAACUUGUGAUAUUUAGAAAUAUAUAAGACACUGUGUAAUGAGAUAUUUCAUAAAAAACAUAGAAAUUCUUUUUUUUUAUUGAGGAAUGUUUGGUUUUCAUUAUAUCUGUACAUUUACUUUGCACUGUAUUUUUGUGCACUGUAUUUAUGUGUGUUUAGUAUUUUUGUUUGACGCAAAUGACAAAAUAUACUCAGAAUUUGAGUUUGAAUGCACUUCCACUUAUUGUCCACAAGGGGUCGUCUUAUUUCACAAACUUUGGAUUUGGAUUUGAAUGAGAAAGUGCAGAGCAGGGAUGAGCAGCCUUAACUAUUGGUGAUUAAUUAUCUAAUGAAUCUCUUUGACAAGACACAGGUUCAGUGGUUCACCCUGAAGACAUUUAAUACAAAAUGACAAACUCUGCAGAGAUUAUUUGUGGAGGUCUUCAAGUUCAAGUGCUGCUGUGGAAUUAGCUUUUUCUUUUAUGCAGUUAUGUGGAUUUAUUAUUAGCAUGAAGAACCAAAUGAUCAGUAUUCUGAUGUUUUUGGGUUAAGUUUUUAUAUGUUUGCUGAAUGCUUUACUAACAGAACAAAGACAGAUUUUUAUUUGACAUUUUGUGAUUCAUUUGAAAUAAAAAUGGUUUGAUUUGUACGA